CCUCCUCCUGCCCUGUGGACUACAGUUCCCGGCAUGCCAGGGGCGCGGCUCCCAUAGAGCCGACGUCCAACCGCCUUCCCACCUCCGGUCUCAAGCGCCCAAAAUGGCGAGUGAGGCGGCGGGGACGCGCUGAGUGGCGGAGGCGAGCGUGCAGAGCCGCUGCGGGCCUCACAGUCUGGAGCCCAGCCGGGCCCUGCCGCUGGGAACAUGCACUUUUCCAUUCCUGAAACCGAGUCCCGCAGCGGGGACAGCGGCGGCUCCGCCUACGUGGCCUAUAACAUUCACGUGAAUGGAGUCCUGCACUGUCGGGUGCGCUACAGCCAGCUCCUGGGGCUGCACGAGCAGCUUCGGAAGGAGUAUGGGGCCAAUGUGCUUCCUGCAUUCCCCCCAAAGAAGCUUUUCUCUCUGACACCUGCUGAGGUAGAACAGAGGAGAGAGCAGUUAGAGAAGUACAUGCAAGCUGUUCGACAGGACCCUUUGCUUGGGAGCAGUGAGACCUUCAAUAGUUUCUUACGUCGGGCACAACAGGAGACACAACAGGUCCCCACGGAGGAGGUCUCCUUGGAAGUGCUGCUCAGCAACGGGCAGAAGGUUCUGGUCAACGUGCUAACUUCCGAUCAGACCGAGGAUGUCCUAGAGGCUGUGGCUGCAAAGCUAGAUCUUCCAGAUGACUUGAUUGGAUACUUUAGUCUCUUCCUAGUUCGAGAAAAAGAGGAUGGAGCCAUUUCCUUUGUACGGAAGUUACAAGAGUUCGAGCUGCCUUACGUGUCUGUUACCAGUCUUCGGAGUCAAGAGUAUAAGAUUGUGCUAAGGAAGAGUUAUUGGGACUCUGCCUAUGACGACGAUGUCAUGGAGAACCGGGUUGGCCUGAACCUGCUUUAUGCUCAGACAGUGUCAGAUAUUGAACGUGGGUGGAUCCUGGUCACCAAGGAGCAGCACCGCCAGCUCAAGUCUCUGCAAGAGAAGGUCUCCAAGAAGGAGUUCCUACGGCUGGCCCAGACCCUCAGGCACUACGGCUAUCUGCGCUUCGACGCCUGUGUGGCUGACUUCCCCGAGAAGGACUGCCCCGUGGUGGUGAGCGCAGGCAACAGUGAGCUCAGCCUCCAGCUCCGCCUGCCUGGCCAGCAACUCCGAGAAGGCUCCUUCCGGGUCACCCGCAUGCGGUGCUGGCGGGUCACCUCCUCUGUGCCACUGCCCAGUGGAGGCACGAGCAGCCCUGGCCGGGGCCGGGGUGAGGUACGCCUGGAACUGGCUUUCGAAUACCUCAUGAGCAAGGAUCGGCUACAGUGGGUCACCAUCACCAGCCCCCAGGCCAUCAUGAUGAGCAUCUGCUUACAGUCCAUGGUAGACGAGCUGAUGGUGAAGAAAUCCGGCGGCAGCAUCCGAAAGAUGCUCCGCCGGCGGGUGGGGGGCACACUGAGACGCUCAGACAGCCAGCAAGCAGUGAAGUCCCCGCCACUGCUGGAGUCCCCCGAUGCCAGCCGGGAGUCCAUGAUCAAACUCUCAAGCAAGCUGAGUGCCGUGAGCUUGCGGGGGAUUGGCAGUCCCAGCACAGACGCCAGUGCCGGUGAUGUCCACGGCAAUUUCGCCUUCGAGGGCAUUGGAGAUGAGGAUCUGUAAUCUCCACUGCUUCGAUGUCUGCCUCUCCCCCAGAGGAAUUUAGAGAAACUUGCCCUGUGCCUGUAUCCCCCAAGCUUGGGGGAAGGGGGUCCUUUUCCUUCCCCCUUCUCACUUUCCUUUUCUUUUGGCCAGGGGCCUCCUUACCCCCUGGGCUGGCUGCACAAAGGACUGCCCCCUCUUUACACAGCUGGCCCUCGAUGCCAAAUUAGCAUUUAGUAUUUUGCACAAAGUCCAAGAGACCAUGGCUGCCUGCCUUGGGGAGGAACCACAGCUCUCCCUGGGCUGCUUCUGGCUUCCCAGGGCCAUGGGCCAAGGGCAUGGGCAAAAGUCUGUGUAUGGUCUGGCCCAGUUCCCCGUCAUUAAACUCAGCCUGAUUGCUGCCUA